AUGACCGAGGUCAACAGCCUUGCAACUAACUGUUCUUUUAUGGUCGAUAAUCCCGAGCGACGACGUCAGCUAUUCGGGACUAACAUCGCGGUCAUCGUGUUGAAUUCGAUUUUUGCGUUGACGACUACCUUCCAGAACUUGCCAGUUAUUUACGCGAUUUUGAAAACGCCAUCCUUGCACAAUCCUCCCUACGUCCUCCUGUGCUCACUGGCCACGACGGAUCUCUUGGUGGGAUGCGUCAUACAACCUCUGUACAUCGCACACAAUGCCAUGCUCGUCGAUGGACUGCGCUUUUCCUGCGCGCUGUGGUAUGCCAAAGAGACCCUGUUACUCUUAUUCAUGUUUCUAUCGAUCUGUACCUUGGUGUUGAUUAGCACCGAGCGCUGGCUCGCCUUACAUUUCCACCUCAGAUAUCGUGAAAUUGUCACGAUGUCUCGAACGCUCUCGUCGAUUGGGUCAACUUGGUUCUUUUGCACGGCGUCCGUCAUCGCCUGGCCGUUAGGUCUUAAUAUGUACAGUUUCACAAUGGUCGGCCUUAUUGUUAUUACAGCAGCCGCGCUUCUAUUGCUUUUUACGUAUAUUAAGUUAUUUCUGAUACUGCGGCGUCACAAAGCUCUCAUUGAGAGUCAAGCCAAGCUGCAACCCCAAUCUGUGAACUUACGAAAACAUAGAAAGUCGUCGGCCACCAUGCUGUACCUGGUGAUGUUGUUUUUCAUAUUCUACUCACCUACUUUUUACGCCAUGAUUCAUUACUUGGAAUCAGACUCUGAUUUCAGCAGCGUUAAUCAGACCAUUUUGUGGGAAGUUGCAAAAACAGUGGCGUUGAUAAACGCCUCGGUAAAUCCGAUCAUGUAUUACUGGAAAAUGCGGGAACUUCGACGCGCCAUGCGAAACGUAUUCGGUUUUUCCUCAGCAACGCGGGUUCACGUCGGAGAUGUCAUAACGCCCGGAUCGGGAAGCAUGGACAAUGACUUCAGAAGCAGGAACGAACAACAGCGCCAAGGGUCUUUCUCGGUGAGACCGCGGGGAAGCUUGUCCAACGUGGGGCCUGCCAGGUCUGAUAUACACCAAGAUCAGGUAACAGAAUCGACAACAGAAGCGAAGCCGCAGCAGGAAAAAAAGUUGUUCCUUUUGCCGAGAUUUCUGGAGCCUGGUCCGAGUUUUCGAGGAUAA